UUAAGUGAUUAUCAAAAUUAAUUGCGAGUUGUAAAGUUUUAAUUUAGGUGAAUUAAACACAAUUCAAUGAUAAAGUCGGAUAUCCCAUUCGCGAAUAAAUCAAUAGAUGGCAGUUUCCGCGACAAGUUUGAAACCGAUUAACAUCUGAUUUUUUAUGAACUAAUGUGUUGAAUUAGACGAAUUUUCAAUCCUUUCAUUCCUUUUAUCAACAACAAUUAUUUUUACACUUUGAUCAAUCUUAUUCUUACAUAUUCAGUUUUUUAAAAUUUUAGAGCUAAAUCUAAAUCCAUCUUCGCUUUCUCGUCGAGUUUUGCUUCUACAGUUAGCUUCAAAGGACUAAACUACAUUAUGUCGUUUGACAUGCAAUUGUUUUGAUUGUUGCGUCUUUCACCAGCUCGUCUCUUCAAAAUAUGAGUGUCUGUUCAGCUCAAUCAGAUUGUGGUUUCAAUCGAGAACCUGAUUGUUGUGCUUCCCUUGGUGAGUUGAGACCAUCAUCCGAUAAAACCAUCUUUUAUCAAAUACCAUUACCUGACGAUGGUCCACCUAAACCUUAUCCAGUACGGUUUGUGUAUAAUUGGUCACCUACAGCGUCUGCAUGGGUAUUGUCAUCUACUUAUCCAGCUUUCUCAACCCCAUCAAACUCAUCAACAAAAGAAUAUGUAAAAAUGCCUUUCAGUGUCGAUAAUCAAUCGAAACAAGGAAUAAUCGAAUCUUCUCAAUGGACCAAAAUUGUUAAAGUGCUUACAUCUUCUAAAAUCAAAACAUCAACUGAGCUAGUUGCUGUUAUUAAAGAUUACAACCCUUCCAUGGCAAGAAUGAGCUUUAAUGUGCUAAGGACGUUAAUCGAUGAUUGUUACUCUGAAGUUGAAAAGGAUUUAUUUUUUACUUCUACUCUGCCUAAAAUGAUAGCAUUGACACUUGAACUACCCAAGUUUAUUCGCCAACCAAUUCCGAUUCUCAAACAGCGGACAAAUCACUCACUCUUUUUUAGUCAACAGCAGAUAGCUUCAUUGCUCUGUAAUGGUUUCUUUUGUACUUUCCCCGAACACAGGCAAGCCAAAUUGCAAGAUUUCUCAUUUGCAAAAUUGUUUUCUCAUCCUAAUGACGAAAGAUUCACUCGUAAAUUGGAAAAGUUAAAAUGCAUCAUUAAUUAUUUUCAACGGGUUGUAAGUGAUCCUCCGAAGGGUGUUGUUUCCUUUGAAAGGCGUUAUUUGGCUGAUAAUGAAAUUACUAACUGGUCAUCAUCAAAUUACAACCUUAAAAGAAUAUGCGUUUGUCCCAAAGGUGCGAUUGAAACUCAUGGAUUUGGAAUGUUACAAGCGGACUUUGCAAAUAAAUAUGUUGGUGGAGGAGUUUUAAGAUCUGGACUUGUUCAAGAAGAGAUUCGUUUUGUUAUCAACCCAGAGUUAAUGGCUUCCAUGUUAUUUACUGAAGUUUUACUUGAGAAUGAAGCUUUAUUGAUAACAGGAACCGAACAGUUUAAUAAGUAUUCUGGUUAUGGCGAUACAUUUCUUUACGACGGUAACUAUUAUGAUCCAACUCCAACCGAUGAAUGGGGUCGCCGUUAUACCAAAAUAGUCGCAAUGGAUGCAAGCUAUUUUCCAGCGGACAAAGUUCGUAAUCAAUACAGGAAAGGUUGCAUCGAUAGAGAGUUAAUAAAAGCGUAUGUUGCAUUUAUGGAAAGACGCAAACUAGACCCAAAAAAUAGAUGUGCUGUUGCCACAGGUAAUUGGGGUUGUGGUGUAUAUCGAGGUGAUCCACAACUAAAAUCUCUUAUCCAGCUGAUUGCUGCUUCUCUUAAUGAAAAAGACCUCGUUUAUUUUACUUUUGGUGAUUUUAAUUUAUCAACUAAUAUGAACAAAAUUGUUACCAGUUUAGCUGAGAAAAAUGUUUCCGCUGGCCAACUUUAUCAAUUUUUACUCGAUUAUGGAAGCUACGUUUCUUCACUUGACCAUGAUCAAGAAAUGGAACCUUUGUUUGACUAUAUAGAAAGAAAAUUUUUAUCCUGAAUUUUUUUGUAAAUUUUUUUCAAUCAACUUGAACAAUGAAAACUUUGUUUUCCUUUUCUAAAUAAUAUCAGUUACUGAGUAACAUGAAUCUAACUAAAAAUUGACUUUUAAAAAAGA